UUACGUUAAGAAUAUAAAAUCUGAAACUACAUUUCAAACUUUGACAGUCAGCUCUAUGAAACAUGCAAGUAACACAGCUGUGGGUAUUUUUCUCUCUGUUUGGUUUAGCUACAUUGCAGAGUAAUACAGAUGUUCAGAGCCUGCUAACACAGCUGUUUACAACUAACAACUAUAAUACAUUGAUACGGCCAAGUACCAACCAAUCGGAACCAAAGGAGAUUGAUAUCAGCUUUAAUCUAUAUGGAAUAACGGAUGUUGAUGAAAUUGAACAAAAAUUAACAACGACAGGAUGGCUGGUAAUAACAUGGCAAGACGAUCUGUUGACAUGGACACCAGCCUCCUAUAAUGGAGUAGAAAAAAUAUAUUUACCGCAGGGUAAUAUUUGGAAACCGGACGUGUCCUUGCAAAAUGGAUUUAACGAGUUGGAAGAACUAGGGUCUAAGUUUAUUCAAGUUUAUGUCCACAAUUCAGGCUUGAUGAUGUGGAGACCUUUUCAGGUAUUUGAGACUAAAUGCGAUAUGAAUUCAAGAUACUUCCCUUUUGAUGAACAAAAAUGUCAGUUGGUGUUUGUGUCAUGGAGUCACGCAUCUGACGAUAUUACGUUGAUACAGAGCAGUAAUGGUAUAGAUCUUUCUGACGAAUUGGAUGGUCAUGGUGAGUGGGAAAUUAUUUCCUCGUCUGCAACUAGUGAGUUAGAUGGUUUUAUAUCCAGAGUUAAAUUCACAAUUGUAAUUAAACGAAAACCUUUGUAUACGAUAAUGAAUAUCGUUCUACCAAUUAUUUUGUUAGCGUUGUUAGACAUCUUUACAUUUAAGAUUCCUGCGGAUACUGGUGAACGUUUAGGCUAUACAAUAACUGUCUGGUUGUCAUUUGCUGUAUUUCUGACCAUCGUCUCAGAUUCUCUGCCAAAAACCUCGGACUCAGUACCAAUUGUAUCAAUUUAUAUUAUUAUACAACUACUCAUGGGAACUUUAAUUGUUUUGAUAUCGACAGUAGAAGCUGGCCUUGUUGCAAACCAGGAAAGUGUACCAGUGUAUAGCAUUCUUCGAUUUAUUGCAUUGCGGUUGCGUCGGAACAAUGUAAAAUCGUCUGAGGAUAUGGUGAUGAAAAUAGAUCUGGAAAAAUCAGAAGUCACGUGGAAAGAAGCCAUCACUGCAUUAGACACGUGUUUUUUCUUGAUUUGUAUGGGGAUCUUUUUUAUUACUACUAUUAUUUGCUUUUUGAUUGUUGCAAUAUAAGGAGACAAUUGAUUGUAUUGAUAAAAUUAUUGUAAUAGUUAGCGGAAUAGUAAUUUGACGACUUUAUUGUGCAUUACAUGCAGUAAAACAAACCUGCAGUAAUAUCAAACGACAUCGAACAGAUUUAUUGGAACUUUUUGACAAUAUUAAAAAAACAUGUUUGGUCAUUAGCUUAGACAAUAAAAAAAAACUUUUUACAGAGUUACUGUAUAAUAAUAAUAAAAAAUAUGUGACACUUGUCACUGCAGUUUAA